AUACUAUACGCCAGCAUUUCGUGUAAGGGUGCUCAGGUGGUGCGGUUGUCCAUUUAAUCAUCAUGAUGUAUGCCGUUAUCCUGUUAUUGUCGUCCUGGAUCUCAUUUUCAGCAGCCAUAUUACCAGGGUUUAUACAGAAUCACAUUGGUAAACGGCAGCAACAAGGGUCUGUGUUUACUAUGAAGAGUUAUCCUUCCAUGGAACAAGGGAACCCAGCAUUACAAGGGUCUAUCUUUGACAACAUGAAGAAUUUUCAACCUAGUGAAUCAGUGACGCAGCCGACACAAGGGUCUGUCUUUGACAACAUGAAGAGUUUUCAACCUGGUGAAUCAGUGACGCAGCCGACACAAGCACUGCAUGGUACCAUAGGAUUAGCGCCAAAACCAGCAAUUACUCAGCCACCACCGCCAGAAAAAAUGGAGAAGCACGUAGGGGACUGGACACUGGUGUACAGGGCCCGUGCAGAGAAUGAACGUGAAGUUGCCUUCUCCUAUGUACACCCAUUUGGUACCAACGAAAUGAAUGCCCUCCCCGGUUGUUUGUCGACAAGUGGAUCCGCUAAAUGUAACGGUAACUACCGCCAUAGCGCCAUAGACAAAUGGAGGUCCCUCAACGUUAAGAGGGUAAAGGUAGAGUUAUACAAGGGCUCUCUUCCAGUGGCAUUUAUAGUUUUCAAUGGAACAAACAGCGGAGCAACUAGUUGGUUUAACAGGAAAAAGGUACUGUCUUCUUCCUGGACAGAUAUAAUGUCUCGUGGGGAUUACUUCAGUUUCUUUGGUCGCAAGGACGAGCUCGUCAACCGUCGAUUAUAUAUCAACAAGGCAUCAAGCUCCUGCAAGGACGACAUAGGCUGGAUGAUUGUUGUUGAGUCUAAAGGAGAGUGUCCCUAUGAUAACGCUGCCAAACAUCCAAUAUUCCUCUAUUCCAGCCACUCCACACAAAGCCUUUAUAUGGAGCAUGGAAAACAGGCCGAAGUGCUCGCAAUUUAUGUGGACGCCGAGGAGCUCAAACCACCUCCACAAUAUAGAGUAUAGUGUUGAGCAGUUUACACCGACUGUUAGCUGAUCAGUGAUAUCAAUCAUUUGUACCUGACACAUUUCUUCCUGAUUUAAACCGAUUUCAAAUAUUGUGAGAUGUUUCUUAGAAAUAACAAUACUAUCCGGGAACAGCAUUUAAACUGGCACUAUUUCAAUUAUUUUCAAUUAAAAAAGUUGUUAUCAAAUGGU